UUCUAAUAACUAAAGAAAAUGUUGUUGUUAUUUAUUUUAAUAUUUGAACUCAUCUCUUUGACUGCAGGAUGGAAGGCUGACGUUUUAUCCAGGCAAUCUCACUGUGACUUUGCCUUUUGUAAAUCUCAUGAAAAAACAUGGCACGCUCUUUCUCAAUGCUUAUACCAAUUCACCAAUUUGUUGUCCCUCCCGGGCAGCUAUGUGGAGCGGUCUCUUCACUCAUUUAACGGAAUCUUGGAAUAACUUCAAAGGCCUGGAGUCAAACUACACAACAUGGAUGGACCUCAUGCAGAAACAUGGCUACCAUACCCAAAAAUAUGGGAAAGUGGACUAUAUUUCAGGACAUCACUCACUGAGUAAUCGUGUGGAAGCUUGGACUAGAGAUGUUGAUUUCCUGCUUCAACAAGAAGGCAGACCCAUGGUGAAUCUUACUGGUAAUAAGAUGUAUGUGAGAGUGAUGGAAGAAGAUUGGCAGAAUACUGAUAAAGCAGUAUAUUGGAUAAGGAAAGAGGCCACUAAUUUUACUCGGCCAUUUGUUCUGUACUUGGGUUUAAAUUUACCACACCCAUAUCCAUCGCCUUCUGCAGGGGAAAAUUUUGGGUCCUCUACAUUUAAAACAUCUCCCUAUUGGCUUGAAAAGGUAAUGUAUGAAGCCAUUAAAAUUCCAAAAUGGAUUCCCCUUUCAGAUAUGCACCCAAUAGACUAUUAUUCUUCUUAUACCAAGAACUGCACUGGACAUUUUACAAAGAAAGAAAUCAGAGAUAUCAGAGCUUUUUAUUAUGCUAUGUGUGCAGAGACAGAUGCUAUGCUUGGUGAAAUCAUUUUGGCUCUGAAAGAUACAGGACUUCUUAAAAGAACCAUUAUUAUAUUCACUGCAGAUCAUGGAGAACUAGCUAUGGAACAUCAGCAGUUUUAUAAAAUGAGCAUGUAUGAAGGAAGUUCCCAUGUUCCUCUUCUAGUAAUGGGGCCAAAUAUUAAAGCACAACAUCGUGUAUCAAAUGUGGUCUCACUUGUGGAUAUUUAUCCUACCAUGCUCGAUAUAGCUGGAAUCCCUCUCCCUCACAACCUCAGUGGGUAUUCCCUGAUGCCUCUGUUAUCUGAAAAGGCAGAUGAAACCUUAUCCAGAAGCCCACAUCCAACAUGGGUACUAAGUGAGUUCCAUGGAUGCAAUGUGAAUUCUUCCACCUAUAUGCUUCGAACUGACAAAUGGAAAUAUAUUGCGUAUUCAAAUGAUCACUCCAUUCCUCCUCAGCUCUUUGACCUUUUUGCCGAUCCGGAUGAACUAACAAAUGUAGCUACAACAUACAGGGAAGUAGCACACUCCUUGGAGAAAAAACUUCGUUCCAUAAUUGACUAUCCAAAGGUCUCUGCUUCUGUCCAUGAGUACAACAAGAAGCAGUUUAUCAAUUGGAAACAGAGUGUAGGACAAAACUACUCAAAUAUUAUUGCGAACCUUAGGUGGCAUCAAGACUGGUUAAAGGACCCAAAAAAGUAUGAACGUGCAAUUGAUAAAUGGCUUAAAUAGAACAUUUCUGUAUAGGAAAAAAAAUACAGAAAGGAAGUGUUGACUCUGUUAUAUAUCAUUUCUGUGAAAUAAAUUAGUAUAGUGAAUGCACUCAAGAAAUAAAAUGAUUAGAGUUGGGUACUUUGUGCCCAAAAGCUUGUCAAACUUCCUUCCCAAUUAUAUAGUUGUUCUAAUAAAAGAUAGUAGCAAUGCAGUAAUUCAAAGAUUAUCAUCACAACCUUAAUCUGAGAUCCUUUAAAGCAAUAAUUGCACAAGGCACGUCUAUGCAUGACGCUACAUUGCUGUAGCAACGUACUACGGCAACAGUGUCCACGUGCAAAACCUGUGACACCGCAGCUGCAAUCGCUGUAGCGAACGCGCUCCCCCAGUUGCAUCGUUAUGGCAACAUAGUGCCUAAAAAUAAUCAGGCACAGUACCGGCUGUAACUGCGCCAUAGCAGCAUGUGUAGAUGUGCCCAUAGACUUGGAUUUUUCUGUUAGCAAGACAUGUAUAUUAUAUAAUCAAUCAUGUUACCAAGUCUACAUUCCAUCAGAUGAAACUUUUAGUUCAAGGUUAAUCAAUUUUGAUAGUUGGGAAGGAAAGUGCAUAAAUAUAAAUUCAUUUCCAUAAAAUAGUCCUGAUUAUUGAGAAAAUGUAUGAUGCUUUAAGCAAUUAAACACUAAAACCCAAUGAGAAUUUGCAUGUAUACGAGACAUUAAGACCUCAGAAUUUGGCAUAGUGGGAGACAGAUUAUGGUAAUAUAUCGUAACAUCAGGUCUGGGUCUGGACAUAUUUUCCCGGGUCAGCGAGCAUACGGCUGUGAAAACAGCACCAGAAAGUAUAAUAAUUAGUACUGGUCUGAAAAAAAAUUCUGAGGUCCAUUCUGGUAUCUAUCAUGGCAACCUUCUCUAUGCAGACUCAGUGGGACUUUUCCUCUCCAGAAGUGUCUUAGUGGGCAGCUUCUAACCAUUAAGACUUGGUGCCUGCUCUUGGGAACCUCUGAAGUAUAUGCAGAUGACAGACAAAUCACAGAACAACAAAUAUACAAACAAAAAACAAGGUUUUGUAUACUAGUGGAAACUAACCAAAACCGAAACCAAAACGCAUGUGUAGAAAUUUAAGCAUCAAUAAUUGCUUCUGCGCAGCAGAAAAUAAAGACAGACUCUGUAAAGCCACAGUCCUGCUCUUAGCUCCUGCAGGUUGACAUUUAUUUCUUCAUGAAUCUGCAUGCAGAAUUAGGGUCUAAAAUAUACAAAAAAAAAAAUAGGAUGCAGGGGAUGCCUAAAAGAAUGAUGAACUUAGUUGUUACUAUUCUGCAUCACAUCACAGAGAUAUAUCACAGAAAAUAAGCAGUGCUAAAAAAAAAAAAAAAAGCAGGAAAUUAAAUUAGUUUGUGAUUAACACUGUUUUUAAUUAAAUCCAUCAUUAAAUCAGCACAUAAAUGUACAGUUUAUUGUUGUAUAUAGCUGUCUACAGUAAUAGCUAUUCAAGGUCAUAUAAUCCUUCAUACUUAAACUGACUUAUAUAGCAUCCUAUAAUAAAUCGGGCUGUUUGCAGAGAUUUAAGAAAAAACAGCCACACUUUACUGGAAGAAGUAGCACAUUACUUCCACCUGACUGAGGCAUCUGAAUAGAUUUGGUGCUGCAGCAGGGCUUUUUGGCAUUUUUAGCUAAAGCAGAGUUAAUCAGCUAUUAGAUAAAAGUGCCAAAAAAGCCUCACUAAAGUGCCCAAUCUAUACAGACGAGCAAGCUAGGUCCAACUAAAGCACUGCCUCUUUUGGGCAUGUGCAGGGCUCAGCACAGGAAUGCACUGAGCUUAAAGUAAAAUGCUGGUUUUUAUUUGGGGGGUUUUUGUUUUGUUUUUGAAUGUCUGCAGGCAGCCUCAGUGAUAAAAUUAGGCUGGCAAAAAUGGACAUGAAAAUACCACUUAUUUAUUGACUUAAACAUGGUAUAUGUAUCCAAUAAACUGUUUUGAUAAACUAUGUUUUAUAGCUAUACUAUAUUAUACAUUUGCACUAAUAAAACCUUAUAUUUCACUUACUGCUGUUACAAUAUUUCUCCCUCAAUUCUUGUUCCAAGUCUGAGGAUUAUAAAUGAAUAGGCCAAAGCUAUUCCCUGAGCAAAACAGUACACACAGUUCUUAUUAAAAUGGGUACACACUUCAAAUACAGAUGGAAUCGCUACUAGCAAAAGUGAAAAUUAGGAAAAAGAUCAGAUAUCAGCAAUGAAUUGUAAACUGGCUAUAUAAAUUGACAAAAGAAAUGUACUUCUUGGAAGGCCUAGGACCAGUCUGUAUGGAAGGGAAUUGCAAAUCAUCAACAUUCAAAGAUCUGGAAGGUGGUAACACACUGUACAGAAUGUACAAUAAUAAAAUAAAAUUAUUGUAA